CUCAUCUCCAUCUCUCACAUAACUAAUAAUAAGCUAUGGCAGAAAACUGUAAUUUGGUCAUUCUUCUAGGGGCAUUAUUGGUAUCAACCGGCCUCUUCCGUAAUCCGAUAAUUGUCGCUGCCGUCGGCGGCGAGGGUAUUCCGACGGUAGGACUGUUCACUUUCGGAGACUCUUACUUCGACGCUGGAAACAAAGACCAACAUCCUCCCCAAAGCUUUUGGCCCUACGGGAAAUCCCGCGAUGACCCCAACGGCAAGUUUUCUGACGGCCGCAUCGUCCCUGACUUUAUCGCUGAAUUCAUGGGCAUUCCGAAAAAGAUCCCACCAGUACUUAAAACAGGCGUUGAUGUUUCACGUGGAGCCAGUUUUGCGGUCGCCGAUGCUUCUAUUCUUGGCAAUCCGGAAACAUCCAAACACGCCUCUGCUCAGCAAGCAUUUGUCAUUUCCGCUAGUAAUCAAUUGAAGACCGACAUCAACUUCACCGUCUUUGAUUUCUACAACGCUGUUCUUCGUCGGACACAUAACCAUCUUAACUACAGGUUUUACGUGUCAAACACGUCAUGUUGCGGUGUGGGAACGCACGAUGCGUACGGUUGUGGUAUGGUAAACGUGCAUUCGAAGCUAUGUGAGUACCAAAGGGCUUAUUUCUUCUUUGACGGACGUCACAACACUGAGAAGGCACAAGAAGAAUUUGCUCAUCUUAUCUUUGGAGCAGACAUUAACGUCGUUCAGCCGAUGACCCUUCGUGAGCUCAUUGUCUAUCCUUUUAAUGAGCCUAUGCGUGAGUUAUUGGCAACCAAUCAGUUCCACCAUCACAACUGAUGGUUAAAGACGUACGACUAUACUUAAUUCAAUGUUUUUUCUUCUUGUUCUCUCGUCUUUUAUUCCAAAAUAAUUUGCGUGUAAAUGUAUACACUUCUUCUUGUGCCUUCUCAGUAUACAUUUAAGGUUACAUUUAAUAUCACGUAUCACACCAGUAUUAAAUUUAAUGCGUUCAA